AGAAUGGAAUAAUAAGCUUUCUUUUGUACUGGUCAGAUAUCUCCCUUGUUCUGCAUACAAGUUCUGAACUUUUCAGUACUCGGUUUGAGCCCGUAUUGCCAAACAUAUGUACGUAUUCAAUAGCAUACAGUGUUGUAUAUACAAACCUAGAGUCAAUCGCUUCUUGGACCGGAACCAAGUGGCACCCCGACAAGGACCCUGGAACUCAAAACCAACAUCGCGCACUCCAGCGCCGAGGACGCCAAACGGCGGCCCCAACGCUUCAAGGCAACCAAGGAAAUUCACCAUGAAGCUCUCCAAACCUCCCAAGAAACCGACUACAGAACGGGAACUCUCGACAAGAUCCUCAAUCACAUCCAUCCGAAGAAGCGCAAGCGUCGGAGCCAGUCAACCCAUCACCCGCAACAACUCCCCGACCAAUGGUCUGGCAACUCGCAGAUCAGUCCGCAACGCGCUCAGUCAGGAAGAAAUAGAAGACCUCCCAAACACGGUUCUAAACUACCAGACAGCUGAGGACUACCUCACUAAGAAAUCUCUAUGCCUUUCAGGAGAACCUUAUACGCUGACCCACUUAAUCUCUAUCUUAUUCCAGAUAACUCAAAUCUCAAGCUCGAUACCUCUCCCAGUAAUAACAGCCAUCAGAGCCGUCGCCUUCAUCAUGAAGAAACACGAGGCAUCUGAGUUAGCGAAGGAAGUGGCGCAGCAAAUUACGGAAGCAAUUACUCCCAACAUCGUUGACAACGUUAUCGCUGCCAUCGCCCCCCAGGUAGCCAAAGUACUAACCGCUUCAGAUCUCCUCGAAACCACGCUAGGCCAGGUGGAACAUAUCAGAAGCUCGCUAGUGAGAGAACGGGAAGAGAAAGAACAAAACUUUGCCACAGCUGUCGAACGCAUUGAAGAAAUGGCCGGGAACCUAUACGGUGUAGUGGAAGAAUGUCAGAAUAAGCUAACUCCUCUUCCACCAUUACUAGAAUCCACGAAGGAGAAAAUCGAUUCACUCACAACGCAGUUCUCUGACAAGACGGCCAGCUUACCCAGCUCCUCCCUCCCCCAGCGAACAUACAGCUCCGUGGUAGCGGCUCACAUCCCUCCAAGCGCAGACCGAGCAGUAGGCAGAGCUGCCAUACGAGCUCGUAUAUAUAUUUUCUACUCUACCGUGACUACCCCUCCUGGGCCACAGCGUCAACGUAUCUUAUCACUCUAUUUUGAAUUGUCUCUAGUCGAGUAACCGACUCGCCAUCACUAAUUUCCAGUCCAACCUCUCCACAAGAGCUUCUGCUAUCAACCCCUUCUCCUAGAACCUCUCUUGAUAAGACGUGGUGUCGAUAUACUAGGCAGGGCGUACCGGUAGAAGAUUCUUGGACCCACAUUCACCAGAAUAAACGAUGAUAUCACCAGUAGCCGGUAAAUUGGUAUCUCCUAUCAUAGCUGCUUGGUCGCUCUACUGAUACUACUUAUUAUGUAUUAGUGUACAAUGAUGAUGCAAACUCAUCCUCG